AUAAAACAUGAUGAAAGGCAUGUUGGGCAAUUACAGCUACUGGUUUGCCGAUUAUGUAAAAGACUGAAAGUAUUGUUGAUAGUGAAUACAGAUAAUUAAAUUUGAGUGUGUAAUCUUAGUAGGCUUGUUUUCCAAACAUUGCCGAGUCUGACACCAUGUGGAUCUUCUCCUGCAAAGGUUGAAGUUUUACAGUUCUCAAAACAUACGGAGUAUUUGAUAAAAUUCCAAGGGACUCUUCAAAAUCUCAACUUCGAGAAACAGAGCCGAACCUGUUAGAAUUGGAUCCCGCUACGACACCAAACAUGAAUUUAUUCUCCAAGAAACCUACAGCUAAAGAGGUACUCCGAGACAGUAAACGAGAAAUGGCCAAUGCCACCAGAGGCAUAGAGAAGGAAAUUUCUGCUUUGCAAUUGGAGGAAAAGAAGCUUGUUGCUGAGAUCAAGAGAACUGCUAAAUCUGGAAAUGAGGCUGCAACUAAGAUACUAGCACGCCAGCUAAUCAGGCUAAGACAGCAAAUUGCUAACCUGCAAGGUAGCCGAGCUCAGAUGAGAGGCAUAGCAACUCACACACAAGCAAUACAUGCCCAAACUUCAGUUGCUGCAGGCAUGAAGGGUGCCACUAAAGCUAUGACAGCCAUGAAUAAGCAAAUGGCUCCAGCAAAACAGGCAAAGGUGAUUCAAGAUUUCCAAAAACAAUCAGCUCACAUGGACAUGAUUACAGAGAUGAUGUCAGAUGCCAUAGAUGAUGCUUUGGACAAUGAUGAAGCUGAAGACGAAACAGAAGAGUUGACGAACCAGGUCCUUGAUGAAAUCGGUGUUGAUAUUGCUUCACAGUUAUCAGCAGCUCCAAAAGGAAAAAUUGCUGGGAAAAAGAUUGAGGAGAGCAGUAGCUCGGGAGUUGAUGAACUGGAGAAGAGAUUGGCUGCCCUUAGAAAUCCUUAGGGUUGAUACAUCAUUUUCCUACUGUUUCUUAGUAUAAGCUUCUUGGUAGAAUUAUUUGUACAUGCCCCCCCCCCCCCCCCCUCAUUACUAUCAUCUGAUACACAUCCUCAUCCGAUACACAGGUAACACAGCCACACAGGAACUUGGUUUAGGAGCCUCAGAUGAGUAGUGGUUUGGUUCUUUAUUAUUUCUAUUCUAGCCUUCUAGUAUGCUACAAAAGAGUGAUUUGGGUAUUUGCAAUUUUGCCUCUUAUACUUUCUGCCAAAGAUAAGCUCGAAUAGUACCGUUGGUUUGCACAUAUCGGAUUCCUCCAAGUACCAAAACAAUUCCCAUUUAAAAUGGUGCACAUAUCAAAGAACCACACAAAGUGGCCCGUGUU